AUGUACGGUCAGUUGCAUUAUCGCUGGCUGGAAAUGGAUAAAAGCGAUGCCCUUAACUUAAACCGGGGUAAUUUUUACAAGACAAUGACCCUGUCUUCAGAGGCCAUACAUGAUUUACGAUGGUGGCAGUCAUCAAUAUGCACGACUUACAGGCAAAUUACUCACAAUGAACCUAGUAAAUGCCUAACAACAGAUGCGUCGUUGACAGGGUGGGCUGCUCCUAAAUGGUGUAUGUGCUGGGGUAACUGGACGCCCUUGGAGGCUUCAAAUCAUAUAAAUUAUUUGGAAAUUCUUGCGGUAUUGUUUGCCCUUGAGUCGUUUUCUUCAGAACUAAAAGGUCAGCAUGUUAAGGUAUUAAUUGAUAAUACUACCGCUGUAGCUUGCAUUAAUCAAAUGGGCACAUGUCACUCAAGGUCUAUUCACAAGUUGACAUGCAAUAUCUGGACCUGCUGCAUUUCGUAUGAUAUUUGGUUGACAGCAGCGCACAUUCCAGGAUUACAAAAUGUCACAGCGGAUCGAGAAUCUCGAAUAUCACGCAGAGAAACAGAAUGGCAGUUGAACAAGACUCUGUUUACGUGUGCCAUUCAAAAACUAGACGUAACUCCGAACAUUGAUUUGUUUGCGUCGAGGUUGAAUCAUCAAGUGAAACCCUAUGUUUCAUACCAACCUGACCCGUAUGCUAUAGCUGUCAACGCCUUUACGAUAUCGUGGGCCAAUUAUACAUUUUAUGCGUUCCCGCCUUUUAGCAUAGUUUCGCAAGUGUUACAAAAAAUAGUACAAGAGAAAAGCACAGGACUAGUCUUAGUCCCUAACUGGCCAACACAAAGUUGGUGGCCAGCUUUAAUGCAGAUGCUAAUAGCACAUCCUGUUGUUUUAUCUAGAGGAAGAAUGACCUUAACUCUUCCAGCUCAUCCGGAUCAAAUCCACCCUCUCCAUACAAAACUGGAGCUACUACUUUGCCAUUUAUCGGGGAACUCCUCUCUGAUAGAGGCAUUUCACCAGAGGCUUCUCAAAUCAUCCAGCAGUCCUGGCGGACCGGUACCAAGAAGCAAUAUUCUACAUACCUUAACCGUUGGCGACAAUAUUGCAAUGCAAACAAUAUCGAUCCUGUCGCGUCCUCUGUAG